ACGACAUGACCUUCACCUCGGACCAAAACUUGCUGAGAAUUUUGCGCCUCACGGUCGACGAAGUUCCGGAGGCUCUCCGUCUGUUGGAAUUUUCCAAGAACUCGCUGAACCAAACCGAGCAGAAAAGGCCACUCACGUCCAUAACGCGUCGGACAAGAUCUUUGCGCUGGUGCGGGAGUUGACCAGGCGAGCAAUACGGUCAAGAUCUCGGACGUGAUGGAGCGCUGCACCACCAAAGGCUACAAGCCGGGCCAGGAUGAUGCCUGCAUCGAGGAGU